CUCUCCCCCACAUGUCCUCCUCCCCUUUUUAUCUCUACGCAAAAGAAAACUACAAGGAAAAGGAGAGAAGAAAGAGAGAACAUUUUGAUCUCCAUGUAAUCCACCUCUUCCCUCUGUGUAUUCCUCAUCCUUUUUCUUCGCUUCCUCUCGAAUAACUUGAUUGCAUUUCAUCUCGUUGUCAGAAGUCCAUGAAUGGAUUGGAAUUACCUUCAAUUCCUUCUUAUCCUCUUUUGUUCCGUUGCUAUCACCUUCCUCUUGUAAUAUGAUAUCCCCUUCCCCAUUACUGUUCAUGAUUCUAGGGUUUGUAGUCCGCUCUCUGUAUUGGGAAGUGGGAUCGAUCUAGGGCCUAGAGUCAGGAUUUCGUCAGGGCGGGUCGCAGAGAGAGAGAGAGAGAGAGAGAGAGAGAGAGAUGUUCACCAAGAUCAUGAAGCGGGGCAACCGCAAGGGCCCCAAGUCGGAGGCGGCCGAGCCCGCCGCCGCUGCGGCUGUUCCCGGCUCCAACGUCACCGUCAACCACGCCUCACGUACCGCGGUGCCCUCCUCGGGCGCCGCUGCCGGUGCGCACCACCUCCCCGCCUCGCCUGCCGGCGCCACACCACAGAUCGAGUCCCUCCCGCUCUUUCGCGACGUGCCCGUCGCGGAGCGGCAGGCGCUCUUCGUUCGCAAGCUCCAGAUCUGUGCGGUGAUCUUUGACUUCUCCGACACCCUUAAGUCGGCCCGUGAGAAGGAGAUGAAGCGGCAGACUCUCUCGGAGCUCGUCGACGUGGUUCAGUCGAGUUCCAUCCGCCUCGGGGAGUCCGUCCAGGAGGAGCUCGUCCGCACUGUCGCCGUUAACAUCUUCCGCGGCCUCCCGCCGGCCUCCCACGAGAACACCGGCUCGGAGGUGACCGACCCCGAGGAGGAGGAUCCCUACCUGGACCCCGCCUGGCCCCACCUUCAGCUCGUCUACGAGCUCCUUCUCCGCUACGUCAUCUCCUCCGACACUGACACCAAGGUCGCCAAGCGCUACAUCGACCACUCCUUCGUGCUCCGCAUCCUUGAUCUCUUCGAAUCCGAGGACCCCCGCGAGCGCGAGUAUCUCAAAACAAUCCUCCACCGAAUCUACGGCAAGUUCAUGGUCCACCGUCCUUUCAUUCGCAAGGCCAUCAACAACAUCUUCUACAGAUUCAUCUUCGAGACAGAGAGGCAUAGCGGCAUCGGUGAGCUGCUGGAGAUCCUUGGGAGUAUCAUUAAUGGGUUUGCCCUGCCGAUGAAGGAGGAGCACAAGUUGUUCCUCGUGCGGGUCCUCAUCCCGCUUCAUAGGCCAAAGCCGGUGGGUAUGUACCACCAGCAGCUAUCCUACUGUAUUGUGCAGUUCGUCGAGAAGGAUUAUAAGCUUGCCGAUACGAUCAUCAGGGGGCUGUUGAAGUACUGGCCUGUCACUAAUUGUCAGAAGGAAGUGCUAUUCCUUGGGGAGUUGGAGGAGGUGCUGGAGGCGACACAACCAGCAGAGUUCCAGCGGUGCAUGGUUCCCUUGUUUAAGCAGAUCUCUCAUUGUCUCAGCAGCUCUCAUUUCCAGGUAGCUGAACGGGCUUUAUUUCUCUGGAACAAUGAUCACAUAGUGAGCUUAAUAGCCCAAAAUCGAAGUGUAAUAUUUCCCAUCAUAUUUGAAGCACUAGAGAAGAACAUGCAGGGUCACUGGAAUCAAGCAGUCCAUGGCCUAACAGCAAACGUCCGCAAGAUGUUCCUCGACAUGGACAGUGAGCUGUUCGAGGCUUGCCAGCUACAGUACAUAGAGAAAGAAGAAAAUGCCAAAUCCUUGGAAGAAAAAAGGGAGUCCGCAUGGAGAAGACUGGAAGCAAUUGUGGAAGCCAAGGCUGCAGGAGAAGACAUGGUUGUGGCCAACUAGCCAAACUCCUGGUUUCUUCUAAUAUCUUCUGUCGGUACAGUAAAAUGUAUCAUCUGUGGAUAUGCCUCAGAUCGCGAAUGUUGUUCAAGAAAUUUCUUCCUUGUUUUCCCCUUCUUUUUGGGCAUUUCAAAGAGAGAUGCGGUAUCUUAUUUUAUGCACCAUCUUUUUCUUUUA